AUGGCUACGCUCAAUACCAGGACCGGUCAGGUCAUUGACCGGAGUGUCUUGGAGUCCAUGCUGCGCCGUCGUCUCUUCUACACCCCUUCGUUCGAGAUUUACGGCGGCGUCUCCGGUCUCUACGACUACGGCCCACCCGGCUGUGCUGUCCUGAACAACAUCGUCGACUUGUGGCGCAAACACUUCGUGCUGGAGGAGGACAUGCUUGAGGUCGAUUGUACGAUGCUCACCCCGCACGAUAUCCUCAAGACCAGUGGUCACGUCGAAAAGUUUGCCGAUUGGAUGUGCAAGGAUCCCAAGACUGGUGAGAUCUUCCGUGCCGAUCACCUGGUCGAGGAAGUUCUUGAGAGCCGCCUGAAGGGCGAUAAAGAGGCCCGUGGCCAGAAGGUUGAGGUCGACGAGGAAAAGGAAGCUAAGAAGAAGCGUAAGUCCAAGCAGGUUAAGGCUGUGAAGCUUGAUGACGCUGUCGUUAAGGAAUAUGAGGAGGUCCUGGCGCAAAUUGACAAUUUUGACGGCCCGGCUCUGGAGAAGAUUAUCGCCAAAUACGACAUUCGCAACCCGACGACCGAUGGCAACCUCCUCCCUCCCGUGGCCUUCAACCUGAUGUUCCAGACCUCCAUUGGUCCUAGCAGCAACAUGCCGGGUUUCCUACGUCCCGAGACCGCCCAGGGUCAGUUUCUCAAUUUUCACAAGCUGUUGGAUUUCAAUCAGCAAUCCAUGCCUUUCGCAUCUGCCUCGAUCGGCAAGUCUUUCCGUAAUGAAAUCUCUCCCCGAGCUGGUCUGCUGCGUGUGCGCGAGUUCUUAAUGGCGGAAAUCGAACACUUCGUUGAUCCCGAGGGCGGCAAAAAGCACUCGCGCUUCGCUGAAGUCAAGGAUGUUGAGCUAUCUUUGCUGAACCGUGAUGUACAGCUGUCUGGGCGCACCCAAACCGAGAAAAUGACCAUCGGCAAGGCGGUUGAGUCCGGACUCGUGGAUAAUGAAACCCUGGGUUAUUUCCUGGCUCGUAUCCAGCUUUUCCUGCUCAAACUGGGCGUUGACUCUAGCAAACUUCGUUUCCGCCAGCACAUGGCCAACGAAAUGGCUCAUUACGCAGCUGACUGCUGGGAUGCCGAAUUGCAAACCAGCUACGGCUGGAUUGAGUGUGUUGGCUGUGCUGACCGCAGCGCAUAUGACUUGACGGUUCACAAGAAUAAGACGGGUGCCCCUCUGGUUGUGCGCGAGCCCCGUGCCGAGCCUUUGAAGAUUGAGGAGUGGCAGAUCGAUUUGGAUAAGAAGAAGUUUGGUCCCCGCUUCAAGAAGGAUGGUAAGAUGGUUGAGGCCGCUAUUGAGGCCCUUUCUCAGGAUCUGCGAGAGAAACUCUCGUUGGAUCUGGCACAGAACGGCAAGGUUGAGGUGCCUGUUGAGGGCGUCGGUUCCGGCUCGGUUGAACUGGACAGUGAGCUGAUCAAAAUUGAGAAGCGCACGCGAGUGGAGAACGUGCGCGAGUACACCCCUAACGUGAUCGAGCCGUCCUUCGGUAUUGGCCGUAUCUUGUACAGCAUGAUGGAGCACGUCUAUUGGUCUCGUGAAGGUGAUGAAGCUCGUGGUGUCCUGUCCUUUCCUCCGACGAUUGCUCCCACCAAGGUGUUGAUUGUCCCUCUCUCGACACACAGCUCCUUUGCACCCCUUAGCCAGCAGCUGAUGAUGUCUUUGCGCCGAAUGGGUAUUUCCAACCGAGUUGAUGACUCUUCUGCCAGCAUCGGUAAGCGCUAUGCACGCAAUGAUGAGCUGGGUACUCCCUUCGGCAUCACUGUCGAUUUCCAGUCCGUCAAGGAUAACACCUUCACUCUUCGUGAUCGUGAUUCGACGAAGCAAGUCCGUGCCAGCCAGGCGGAGAUCUUGCAGGCUCUCAAGGCGCUCGUCGAUGGUGAUGAGACUUGGGAGGACGUCCGCAAGCGUCUGCCUGAGUUCACUGGUCAGGAGGUCGAUUAG